GCUCGAGUCUGCCGAGCGCGCUGCGUGUGUCCCGUGUGCUCUCCGCCAAGCAAACUUUACUCGUUUCCACGAUCGUGAAUCAAGUGCACUUUAUGAACAAAAAGUUUUAACUUGACUUACACUAGUGACAGUUUUUGUGUUGUUUGAUUUUGUUUUGUGAACACAUUGGAGGUGCCCAAUAUUCCGGUACCGGCUAUUGGGCUACGCCGGCGCCACACCACGGACGCCAGUUAUGAUGUGAGCGGCGCCGGCGCACAGCACCGCGCGUCUCCCAAGGUGUCUGCAAUGUGGUACGUGUGGUGCUCGUUAAUGUUGUCGUCCUGUGCGCUGGGGGCGGCAGUGGGGCCUGAGGCCACUACGGAGGCCGUGCCGGUGGCGACGACGUCGGAGGCGCCGCGCACGCUGGACCGGCAGGCCUCCGAGCUCGCGUGGCGCUCCUGGCUCAAGAGUCCUGAGAGCGGCAACCCCAGCGCCCCGCCGAGAAGGAUCAUCACAAAGUCGCUAUUCAUCACGCCUUAUGUGUGCCCUAAAGGACAACGGCUAGACAGAAACGGAUGCGUUCAGAUGGUAACGGUGAACAAAGAUGAGCACGAGCGCAUCCUCCUGGAACAACUGAACGCGCUGUUUACGUCGCCGCCGAGCGACGUCAUGUACGACUACGGCGACGAGGAAGCCGGACCCCUGCAGCUCUCUAUACCCAUCGGCCUGGACCCCCAAGCUGCGCCGCUGCAAUCACAUGAGCCAGCCGCUGAGGCUCACGAACAGCAACUAACCGUUGUCAAAAAAGACGAAAACAGACCUAACAACGACGCGAGCAUAGAAGCCGAAUUAGAACUUCUGAAACUGCAACAUUCGAAACUAGAUAACGAUACUGCCUCGCUCGGAGGCGCCGGCAUCCUGAAUCACAACGUGUUAAACAACUUCUUACCGUACGCGGAUAAACCGAAACGAGACAGUCCCGCAGUCAAUGAAACUGAGUCAUCUCAAACUAACACUACUGACCUAGGGCAGAAGGAGCAAGUUUAUGGACACGUUAACGUCGACCCAGUUGUUUACGGUACGGAAUACCAAAACCAACAAUAUGACGAUUUACCUAAAGAAACAGAGGUUACAACUGAACAAACAACAGAGUCAGCGCCGGUACUAGUUAAUGAGACAACUGUUAACAAUACCGAUGUAGGCAAGAAUAAUAGUGUUAUUUUAACGCCUGUUCAGAAUCAAACAAAAGAUGACGUCACUACUGAAAAAUCUGACAUAAGCACUAAUUUAGAUGAGCAUUUGAUAAAGGAUAAAACUAAAUUGAGCCCCGAAAGUGAGUAUUCCGACAUCGGAGAAGCAAUAAAACUGAUUAGUCGCUACGCUGAGGUAACAACUGACGACAAUUUUGCCAAAGAUCAGAAGAAAUACGCUUCGAAAGACGAUAGCGUACUCGGCACACGCACCAAACCACUUCAGCAUCGUCGCAAUAAGCCCCUCGAACUGGCUGCGCCGCCAUUGCCAGUUCCGCAUGUUUUCCCACAAGACACCAAGGAAAAGCCGAUAUCGACAGGUUACAUGCCUAACGAGGGCUACUACCGCUAUCCCUGGACAAGUCAACAUACCGUUACUCCUCCACCGAAUUACCCGUUUCGUCAUUUACAAGAUUACUGGCCUAAUAGGCGCCAAGUGGGCGGGGUCUACGCUGGCGUAGGUCACGAGAAUCCCAGGAGACAUCAUCAUUCGUACCCGCACAGCUACUACCGACCGCACGGGCUACCGGACGCGAGCCAGGCAGGCGUGUACCUGAGGUCGGAGGACGCCGCGCAGCCGCAGGAGUACCCGUACAAGACCCACGCGAGCCCAAUGCGCUCCCACAACCAGGACCUCUACACCCUGCUCGGUCUAAGGCACUGGUUCAGCAGCGAAAGUACUUCAAAAAGAUAGCUCACUUCCCUCAACGUUAGACAAUUCGAUGUUACCCGACGACUUAUAAUGGAAGCUAUGGAAGAAAUGUCGCAAAAAGUAAUACAAAUAAAGUGAUUACUUAUUGCUCCAAAGUCCAAACAUAGGCAAAAAGUAGCAACUUUAAUAGCAAAUGUACUUAUAACGAUCCUUAGUCCUAUCUGUUUGAGUUUAACAUUUCUGUCAAUAGCUUUCAAUAUAAUAUUAGCCUAUUUAUUUUAAAGCCAAAUAUUACAGUCAUACAUAGUUAAGUUUUUAUUAGCUGUUUAAGUUUUUGUAAAUACGCCUACUUAUACAAUUUAAGUGUUUCAUCUUGCUGAGUAUUAUCAUUGUUUAAUUUAAAUGUAAAUUGUUUAUGAAUUAUCAAUUACUAAUUUAAAUUAUAUUUAUUAGAUGUAAUUAUGUUGAUGUUAUUUUCGUUGUGAACUGUGGUAGUGUGUGUAGUAGAUGUUUGGUGUAUA